AAAGCAGCCAAACUCGUAUGCCACUGUUUCUUUAUAUCUCUCGUCCACGCCAGAUGUGAAAGUGAACCACUCCUAGUGUGUUGUCCUGAUGAAGUUUGGGACGACGAAAGAAGGGAAUGCAUCGGCUGUCGUAUCGGGUAUUCCGGCAUUAACUGCACCACAUCGUGCCGGUUUCCUGGCUAUGGAAAGAACUGUCAAUUACGCUGUUCCUGUACUGCCGAGUUCUGUAGUCCGUCAUUCGGCUGUACCAAGACACAGACACAGGCAGUUAACAAAGAAACUACCGAAACUACUCCAAGACACAUUGAAACCACAACGAUUACCACAGUUACCACCGAUCAAACCACUGAUACAAGAACUAGUUCAAAUGUGCAAACUGAUUUUGACAGCACUGAAAAUACUAAAAGCAGAAUUGGAGUUCUAAACAAGGUCGACGCUAAGGUACCAGAUAAUGCGAAUUUCAUGAGCAGUCCUUUUUAUCUUGGACUGUUUGUGUUUGCCUGCUUAUUCAUUGUCCUGUUUGCGGUGUUUGUGGGAACACAAAUUCGACACAAAUGUUUUAAGAGGAAUCAUUCUGACAGAGACGCACAACUGAAAUCGUAUGACGUCAUCGACACCAAGCAGAAUGAGGUUACACAAUCUUUAAACAGAUCACCCAAGGCAGAAACCCCACCCGAGCAAAGGGACUCUCAUUACACAGACAUUGAAACUUAUUGUGAAAAGGAAGAUAGGACCAACUACGAGAAAGUCCCACAUCCAUCUACAUCGAAUACUGCAAGCAACAUUUGUCUACAUAACGACGGGCCGACUCAAGACAAAACCAUACCAAAGUACGUCGAGAUUAUUGGCUCCCCAAAACCACCAGCUGAAUCAACCAAAACGUUUUCUGUGAUCAGCAACACUUACACAUGUGACAUCACAAACCCCAAGCAAUUAUAUUAAUGUCAAUUUUUCUCUA